AUGAAAAGAUGUUCCCAUGUCCUCAACACUGCUAAUGGGGUAGCUGUCGGUGAAGCAACCCUUCCAAUUUGGAAGGAACACUUUAAGACAUUGCUGAACCGGCUAGCACCGUCAGCUCCUGAACUCGAACGCGUUCAAAGACCGACAUAUGCGGUUAACGAGGAGCCACCGGCCAAGUCGGAGGUCCUGGUCUGUAUUCAGAAAAUGAAGAAUGGAAAAUCUGGUGGAGACGACGGGAUUAGCGCAGAAAUGCCAAAAUAUUUUCCUCCAUCUGGGAUUCAUGAGAUGACAAGGAUCAUCCGUUCAAUAUGGAUAGACGAAAGGAUACCUGAUUCGUGGAGACACGCUAUCAUAAUUCCCCUCCACAAGAUGUUAUCCGUCACGGACCCCAGGAAUUAUCGAGGAAUCUCUUUGCUGCGUGUUAUGUACAAGGUAUUGGAGCGCAUUAUCCUGGAUCGACUCAUUAAACAUCGCGAAGAAACAACGCGCGACGAGCAAGCUGAUUUUCGUCCUGGCCGAUCUACGGUUGACCAGGUAUUCAUCAUCAGGAGAGAGACCGAAAUCUGGCAGCGGUAUUCGAAGCCAAUGCAACUAGCGUUUCUGGACUUUGAAGCCGCGUUCGACUCUCCUCACCGAGGCCGUCUUCUCAACGCGCUUCGCGCCGAUGGAGUACCAGGAAGGUUCGUUCGCUUGCUUGAUGACAUGAAUCAACGAACAACUGCUGCAGUUCGAACACCAGGCGGAUGUACAACACCGUUUGAAGUGGCGGUGGCAGGAUCCUCCUCGUUCAAUUUCGCCAUCGACGAUAUUAUGCGAAGAACAGUCGACCAGUGUCCUGCCGACAUUGUCUUAGCACCAUCAGGGUGCCCCUUGACUGACCUCGAGUACGCCGACGAUGUUGUUAUAUUCGCGGAAAGCAGUACGAAACUUCAACAUCUUGUCAACCUUGUAUCGAAGCUGGCUGCAGCCUACAGACUACGCCCUGAUAAAUGCAAGCAGAUGUGUAUCUCUUCGAGACCUCGAACGGGAAUCAGGGUGGACGGACAACCGAUAGAACUCGUCAAUAAGUUCUGUUACUUGGGCUGCAUGGUGAAGAACAACGGCAGCUACGAGAGAGAUGUUCAGCAAAGAUGCGCUAAGGCCACUUCUGCAUUUAACUCCUUAACGAAAUGCCUGUGGUUGACCCCCAUCACCAACGAAGUCAAGCUGCGAGUCUACCUAUCCGCAAUUCGCCCCAUCAAGAUGUACGGAUCGGAGACUUGGGCAGCACCAUCAGCGGUUAUGGAGAGGCUUGACUGCACGGAACGAAAGCUGCUUAGACGGCUACUUGGCUACUUUAGGCCUAGGGUAUACCACAAUGAAGAUCUUUACGCAGAAAUUGAUGUGGUUUACCGGCGGAUGACACGUGGAAGAUAUCAACAUUUUGCACCGCCUUCGAAAGCGGCUGAAGUAAAUCGUCUUCGCUUCUUUGGUCAUAUAUUAAGGAGACCGGCAGAUCGCCUUGUCCAACGAGUUCUGAGGAGAUUGUCGGGUUUGAGCUGGGAAAAGCCACCUGGCCGAAAACGGAAGUUUUGGACUGAGGUGGUUAAAGAGGACCUGAGGGCACUAGGCGUGGAUAGGCAGUUCAGGCGAGACGUAAGGUUUCGCAGGAUAUGGAAUAGCGACGAAGUGGUUCUGUGUCUCGAAGAAGAGCAGGGCUGGGCAGAGCUACGUUCAGGGAAGGCACACUUCGGCGAAGAUGUGGGUAGUCGCGUCAGGCGAUGA